UUAUCUACUUCCGCUUUGUGUGUCUACCUUAAGUGAAGCGCAUCAACAACAAGGUUGUUUUCUAUUUCUCUUCGUUGUAGAUCGUUUCUCCAGGCACCUUCACUGUUCGCUGCUAUAACCUACCAGCAUGAAUGUGGGUGUGGCACACAGUGAGGUGAACCCAAACACCCGAGUCAUGAACAGUCGAGGCAUCUGGCUGACCUACGCACUUGGUGUGGGAAUCCUUCACAUUGUGCUCCUGAGCAUACCGUUCUUCAGCGUGCCAGUGGUGUGGACGCUCACCAACGUCAUACACAAUUUGGGAAUGUAUGUGUUUAUGCAUGCGGUGAAAGGGACGCCUUUUGAGACCCCCGAUCAAGGAAAGGCCAGACUUCUCACACAUUGGGAGCAGCUUGAUUAUGGCGUUCAGUUCACGUCUUCCAGAAAGUUCUUUACCAUUUCCCCCAUCAUCUUGUAUUUCUUGGCGAGUUUCUACACUAAAUAUGACGCGACGCACUUCAUCAUAAACACUGCCUCACUUCUAAGUGUGCUCAUCCCCAAACUCCCGCAACUGCAUGGUGUUAGAAUCUUUGGGAUUAACAAGUACUAAAUACUUCUCUACACUACCUCUGUCCAGUUCUAGUGUAUUUUGUAAUGUGAAAUACAGUACACGGUUCAAUUAGUGUCAUUGAGAUCAGUGAGAUAAAAUUUUUAAAUGAUGCAACCUUUUUAAGACUGGAUGCCAUGUGCAUUUCUAGCAUGUGUGAAUGUUGAACUGUCCUGUCAAAUUGAACCGUUUUGAAGUUUAAAAAAAAAAAAAAUCCACAUUGGAAAAAAAACAAAUUAUUUUCACUGAAGAAGAUAAAGAAUAUUUAUUGGGAUUAGGGAGAGGGCGGGUUGUUCAUAAAGUUUUCUGCAUAAUUAAACAUGCACUUGUUAAAAUUGACCCAGUAAUCAACAUCGAGAAAAAACGUAUUAUUUCACAUCACUGUGAGUUGAGUGAAUAAUGAAAUAUUAAAAAAAAAAAGUUUGCAUUUCAGAAACUUUUCAGAUGAAACAUUCCCCAGGUCAAAUUGACUCGGGAACAUUAUUGCUGUUCUAGAGAAACAAACCUAUGAAGAGGCAGUAAUGUUGUGGGCCAAAUUGAACCAAACACACACAUUUUCUGGAUAAUUAAACAUGCCGUGGGUCAGCAUGACCCACCAAUAUCAUUGCUGUUCAUGCAAAAUGAUGUCACGUUUUAAAGUUUCACAAAAUCAAAAAGGUUAAUACACUUAAUCAACAUACACAUUUCUGGAUAACGAAAAAUUCCCCGAGUCAAAUUGACCCAGGAGCACUAUUGCUGUAUGUAACAGGAGGUUGAGUGAUGCGUUUUCAGUCUGGUCUGACCCGGGCUGGCCCAGGUAUCAGUGAGGCUUUUGGUUGUUUUUGUUCUUUAUUAUCUGACUUGAAUUCACACAGUGACACUAAUGGCUAUGAUGUUUGUUUGUUUUUUAGCCACAGCAAUGCCCCAAAUGUGUUUUUUUCAACAAACGUUUACUUCCUUAGAAGCCUAAAGGAUUUCCUAAAGGCUGUCAGUGUAUUCCCCCUGGAGUAAUUGAAUGGAAUCCUCCCUUAUUUACAAUAUGUGUGUGUUUGUGUGUGUGUGUAUAUAUAUUCUAUGAAUACCUUUAAGUCAAUCACAGGGUAGGUGUUUUGACCAUUUCUUUUGUGAAUGUUAAGUCUUUUAGUGGUGUAAAAAUUUUCUUGGAGAAGUGAGAGACAUUUCUGUUAUUGAUUGAGAAAAGUCGAACUUAUUACAGGUUUUGCCCUUCCAUGGGAUACAACUGUCAUCAUUGUUUCAUGAGUGGCUCAUUUUUUAUUUAUUUUUAUCCAGGUGAAUUAAUUAAAAGUAUACAGUACAUUA